CGAGUUGUAUAUGCAUCAGCAACCGGUGCAUCGGAACCAAAAAAUAUGGCUUACAUGGUGCGUUUAGGUCUUUGGGGCCAAGGCACUGCUUUUGGUACAUUUAAUGACUUCAUUGCAGCAGUAGAAAAACGUGGUGUUGGCGCAAUGGAAAUUGUGGCUAUGGACAUGAAAUUGCGUGGCAUGUAUAUUGCCAGACAAUUAAGUUUUCAUGGCGUUAGUUUCAAAAUUGAAGAAGUUGCAUUAUCUAAAGAUUUUCGUAAAGUUUACGAUCAAUCUGUUGAGUUGUGGGUCGAGGCUAUGCAAAAAUUUACAGAAGCAGCUGAACUUAUUGAUGCUGAAAGUCGCAUGAAAAAGACAAUGUGGGGACAGUUUUGGUCAUCACAUCAGCGUUUUUUCAAGUACCUUUGUAUAGCAGCGAAGGUAAAUCAUGCAGUGCAUGUAGCACGAGAGGCUAUUAAAUAUGGAAAAUGUGUAGUAAUUGGUUUGCAAUCGACUGGUGAGGCGCGUACGCUUGAGCAACUGGAACGGGACGAUGGUGAACUAAAUGAUUUUGUAUCAACAGCUAAGGGCGUAUUUCAGUCUUUGGUGGAAAAACACUUUCCAGCGCCUGAUCGAAAUCGUAUUAAUCGCAUAUUAGGUUUAAAUACUACGGAUGAUAGAAAACUAACAAUACAAGCAAUAAUUGAUGAAGUUAAAAAUAAAUCUAAAAAUGAGGCUUCGUCAUCAAAUAUUGGUAAUAAGCGAAAAGCUGUACGCUCGGAUUCAAGCGAUAUUAAAAAAUCACGUAACAAUUCUUGGGAGGAUUCUGGUGACUCACACAAUUCAUCUGAUGAAUCCGAUUUUAAAUUUACCAACACAGAUUCAGAGAAUUCAGAUCAGGAAGUUAAUUCAGAUAGCUGUGAAUCAUCUGAUUUUAAUCCAUUCUAUAGCGGUUCAGAUAGUGAUAACGACCCAUGGGUUAAUUCACGUGCGAAAAAAAAGAAAAAGAAGAAAGUCAAACCUGUGGAGCAAUUAAGUAAUCCAACAUCUGUAAAUAACAAUGUUACUGCACAAAAAAAGAAAGGUCCUCUAAGCACGCAGGAUAAAAUACAGGAACUUUUGAAGAAAAAGCAAGAAUUAAAGGGUACCGUUACCCAAAUAGGUUCAACUGGCAUUCAAAUGCAUUAUGGACCACCACCAAAAGACGCAAUUGAACGUGCUUGUAGUAUGAAAGAAGAACUCUUACGCAAAAUUGAACUUAUAGGUGAUCGUUUACCACCGAACACACUUGAUCAACUUAUUGAUGAGCUUGGCGGACCAGAAAAUGUAGCAGAAAUGACUGGUCGCAAAGGUCGCGUUGUGCAAUCUGAUAAUGGCUCUAUACAAUAUGAAUCAAGAUCAGAACAAGAUGUGCCACUAGAAACACUAAAUAUAACUGAAAAACAGCGAUUUAUGAAUGGUGAAAAAGAUGUUGCCAUCAUAUCUGAAGCUGCUUCUAGUGGUAUUUCUUUACAAAGUGAUCGGCGUGUACGAAAUCAACGUAGACGUGUGCAUAUUACGCUAGAAUUACCUUGGUCUGCUGACCGCGCCAUACAACAGUUUGGACGUACACAUCGUUCAAAUCAAAUGAAUGCACCAGAAUAUAUAUUCCUUAUAUCAGAUUUAGCUGGUGAACGUCGUUUUGCUUCUACCGUUGCUAAACGUUUGGAAUCAUUAGGUGCGCUAACACACGGGGAUCGUCGUGCAACAGAGACGCGCGACUUGUCACAAUUUAAUAUUGAUAAUAAAUAUGGACGUACUGCUUUAGAAACUGUGAUGAAAACUAUAAUGGGCUAUGAGUCACCACUUGUACCACCGCCAACAGAUUAUGUUGGAAAUUUCUUUGAAGAUAUAGCGGGUGCUCUGGUAGGCGUUGGUAUCAUUGUCAACAGUGAAUCGAAUCCUGGUGUUUUAAGUUUAGAUAAAGAUUAUAAUAAUAUAUCGAAGUUUUUGAACCGCAUUUUGGGCAUGCCAGUUGAGUUGCAAAAUCGACUUUUCAAAUAUUUUACUGAUACACUAACAGCUGUCAUUAAUCAAGCUAAACGUGGUGGUAGAUUUGAUCUUGGUAUUUUAGAUUUGGGUGCUGCUGGCGAAAACGUAACUCGUGUGCAACUUAUACGUUUUAUACGUAAACAUGCUACGGGUAAAGCACCAACGGAAUUGCAUACCGUACGUGUGGAGCGUGGCAUGAUCUGGCAAGCGAUACUUAACAAAUAUGCUGAUCUCAACGGUAAAUAUGAUGGCUUUUAUUUAUCGCAUCAAACACGCAACAAUAAGCGAACAGCUAUACUGGCUGUUGAAAUUGAAGCAACUGAAACAUCAAAGCAUAAGAAACACGAAAAACCCAGUAAGAAAGAUAUGAUGUUUAGGGUUUAUCGUCCAAAUACAGGGCUACAAGUUCGAAACGAAUCAUUGGCUGAAAUUGAAAAGAAAUACAAAAAAGUUGGUAGCGAGGAAGCAGAGACACAUUGGAUAGCACAGUAUGAUGCUUCAGUCAAUAUUUGUUCGCAUGCAUACUGGAAUGGGAAUUGCAGAAACGUUAACAUGGGUUGUGAAUGUGAGGUGGGCUUACGUCAACGCCUUUAUUAUGUGCUAGCUGGAUCUGUGCUAUCGGUUUGGACACGUGUUGAAAAAAUAUUGGCAAUGCGAAAUGCAAAUAAUAAAAUGCAAGUCGUACGUAUGAAAACUACUGAAGGAGAAAAAAUUGUUGGUACAUUAGUACCAAAAUCAUGUUAUGAAUUGUUGCUGAAGGAUUUAAAAUCUGAUGCCGAAAAAUUUGAGGAAGUCAAUUUUUAAAAAUACACAUAAAACAUAGUAUAAUUAAGAUAAUACCACCACAAUGCAAAAUAUUUAUUAUAACUUACAUAUUAAUUACAUG